CCAUAUGGUGGAACAGCCUUUCCUCCUGGUGCAUGAGACAUCAAGGUAGUGCUGAGCCCUAUUUCAAAGGCCUCCUGAAACAGCCUCUGGUCACCACAGGAGCAACACAGCCUAAGGGAUUUGCAGAGUGAAAGGCCACAUUAUGAUCCGGCAACAUCUAAGAGAGCUCCUGCCUGAGAGAAAGGUGGAUCCUUCUGCUGUCCUGGUCUUGCUCUGUGGCUCUGCAGCAGCUGUGGUGGUCUGGAAACAGCUAGCCAGAAGGCAAGUCGAGAAGAAAAUGGAAGAGGCUCGGAGAACCAGGGAUGAAAGUGUGAAGAAAAUGGCAAAGAUUGUCCAGCAGUUCAGGGAACAGAUGCCCACUGUCCAGACAGAUGCUAUCCUGUCCUUGCCCUUGGUGGAACUCACUGAGAGAUUGCAGAAAGGGUUGCUGUCCCCCAGGACUGUCCUCUAUGCUUACUUAGAGAAGGCUCUGGAAGUGACCCAGCAAACAAACUGCUUGCGACACUUUAUCCCAGAGUGUGAGGAGCAGCUCCAGGAAAUAGAACGGCGGAAGGAGAAAGGGCUGCUCUACGGCAUCCCUGUCAGCAUAAAGGAUCACAUCAGCCACAAGGGGCAUCUCUCAACCUGUGGGCUUGCGCAAUGCCUGGGCACUCCUGCACAGGAUGACAGCGUCCUAGUCAAGGUUUUGAAGAAACAGGGAGCCAUCCCCUUUGCAAUGACCAACGUGCCACAAUCCCUCUUCAACUACGACUGCAGCAAUCCCAUCUUUGGCAAGACCUUGAAUCCCUUCAACCACCAGAAGAGCCCUGGGGGCUCCUCAGGAGGAGAGGGAGCUUUGAUCGCUGGGGGAGGCUCCAUCCUGGGCAUUGGCUCAGACAUCGGCGGCAGCAUCCGCUUGCCAUCCAGCUUCUGCGGGCUUUGCGGGCUCAAACCCACAGCCCAAAGGCUCAGCGUGUCUGGAGUGGGUGGCCCUGUCAGUGGGAUCCUGGCAGUUCCUGGUGCUCUGGGUCCGAUGGCAAGAGAUGUGGACAGCCUGGCCCUGUGCAUGAAGGCACUGCUCUGCCAGGAGAUGUUCCAGCUGGACCCCACUGUGCCUCCCAUUCCCUUCAAUGAGGAGGUGUACUGCAGCUCUGCUCCCCUGCGGGUCGGGUACUACGACACAGACGGCUACUUCCCGCUGCCCCCCUGCAUGCGGCGAGCGGUGCAGGAAACCAGGGUGGCUCUGCAGGCAGCUGGGCAUGAGCUGGUUCCUUUUUCUCCACCUCGGAUCCACUAUGUCAUGAACGAACUGUUUCUGAAGACCUUUUUUGCUGAUGGAGGCUGUGCCUGGUUGGAUGUGUUCACAGGAGAUAUUGUAGAUCCAAGCUUGAAACCACAGGUGAAUUGCUGCAAGAUCCCAAGGCUGGGGAAGAAGCUGCUGGCUCUGCUUCUUAAACCUCUGUUUCCCCGCUUGGCUGACUAUCUGAGUGCCUUGGCUGGAAUGCGGUCAGUGAAGGAGAUGUGGAAUCAUCAUCAUCAGAUAGAGGUGUAUCGCACUGAAUUCAUCACCCGGUGGAAGGAACUGCAGCUGGAUGCUGUGCUGUGCCCUGUCCUGGGGCCUGCCUUCACCACAGGAUACCCUGGGAAACUCCUCACUGCCAUCUCCUCCACAAUGCUGUACAAUGUCUUGAACUUCCCUGCUGGGGUUGUACCUGUCAACACGGUGACAGAGGCUGAUGAGGAAGAGUUAAAGCUCUACCAAGGAGGCUGUGAUGACCCCUGGGACCACACACUGAAACAGGCUGUGGCAGGAGCUGUGGGGCUGCCAGUGGCUGUGCAGUGUGUGGCCUUGCCAUGGCAGGAGGAGCUGUGCCUGCGGCUGAUGAAGGAGGUGGAGACCCUCAGCCAUGAGAAGACAGCAGCAUAGCCUCUACAGUCCCAUGCCCUCCAGGACCAGAUUACAGCAAAAGGAAGAGGAAAGAAAAUCCAUUUACUGGAUUGAGCAUGAAUCCUGUAAGGAACCAAAAUGCCAGAGGGUAGGAUUGGCUUAAACUGUGUUUAAAUGGUAGCAGACCCAUGAACCAUACCUUCCUGGAAGGAUGGAGAGGUAUGGGUGUUCACCCUGACUUUUAUCUAUGCUGCCUCUUGCACGAGUAGGAUGAUGUUGAAAGAAAAGGAUUACAAAAUCUCCACAGUCCUUUCUUGCUGACAUUGGCAUAAUGUCAUAUGGAUGUAACUAUGGGCUGCCCUGUAAGGAACAGAGCCAUGUCUGCCCUCCCCCUCACUGUAUUUCACUCACAAAAGUAAAAACCUGCUUAUUAAGCAACCCAUCACCAAGUGCAGCAAUCCUUCACUGAUGGCCAAGACUGUAUGAAUGCACUAUGAGUACUUAAAAUCAUACAAACACCUUUUCACUGGGCAUUAAAUGGCAACUGGUAUGGGAGUGUUCACAACUUCCCUCUCAACCACACCUUUCCUGCCUGCAAGGGAUGGCAACAGUCACUGACCUUUCCAUAGCACCACACUCUUCCCACCACAAGGUAUCAAGCAGCUCAAGCCCAUUGCCAACAUCACAGGCAUUUUUAGGGAACCUGUUAUUUCAGGACCUCAGGCUGUUCUUUCUGAAGGUAGGAGAUAAGCAGAGACAAAUGCAACUCAAUUAUGGAGGAGAUAAGCAGAGACAAAUGCAACUCAAUUAUGGAGAUGGUGAGAAUCCCAGAUGGUGUUUUGUUGACCCAAACUUGCACAUGUAGAAUCAAAGCAGUCAGACAGGAGGGAGAGCAGGACCCACGGAGGGGCCUUUACUCCAUCCCAAGAUGGAUGAUCACUCUCUCUGAGAAGUCCUUCUUCUGAAGGAACAUUGUGGAGAGGCUGCUGCUGGGCUCUUCUCACAGGCAGCUAGAGACAGAACAAGGGGGAAUGGCCUCAAGUUGAGACUGGGUAGGUUUAGAUUGGACAUUAGGAAAAAGUUUUCAUGGAGUGGUGAGGGACUGUAAUGAGCUGCCCAGGGAGGUGGUGGAGUCACCCACGCUGGAUGUGUUUAAGGGUGUUUUGGAUGUGGUGCUUGGGGCUAUGGCUUAAGGUGAAUCUUGUAGAGUGGGAUUAUAGGUUGGACUUGAUGAUCUCGAGGGUCUUUGCCAACCUGAAUGUUUCUGUGUGUGAUUCUGUGUGACUCUCUUUCCUAGAUUAAACACCUCAGGCUCACACAGAUAAAGAGUCAGA